AUGUCUUCAGCACCGGUAGAGAUGUCUUCUGAACAGCUGAUGAAUACUUACCGCUCGUAUGUCUCGCUUCUGUUGGACUCCAACGCCAGAGAAGAGAACAAACUGAAAGCCGUUCAGGAGUUGAGCGAAGACUUGGAGACAAUCGUGUCUUCACCACAAUAUUCAUCAUUUUUGGAUCACAUGAUGAAUGUCUUCAUCAAAAUACUACUCGAAGGCGAACCACAAUUCAUAGCCGAACAGAAUGGCCAACAGUUGAGGAAACUAUUACUGGAGAUAAUCCACAGAUUGCCGGUCAAUGAGGCCCUCCGCGCCCACCAGAAGAACAUCACUUCAUUGAUGUUCAAACUCUUGGAGACGGAGAACGAGGAGAAUGUGUUGGUUUGUCUUCGGAUUAUUAUAGAACUCCACAAACAAUAUCGUCCGCCGUUUAGCGAAGAGAUCAAGAAUUUUCUCCAAUCUGUCAAAAGGAUAUACAAAGACUUGCCCUCAAACUUAACGAAAAUUUUUGAGCCCAGGGCUGCCAUUAAGGUGUCCGACAUAUCCGAAGUCAAUAUCGAAGCCCUUUUAGGCGAAACCUUUACCAUUACUAAUAUACAGACCGGCGCUAAUCCUGACGGGACUGUCAUAUCACUCAAUUUGAUCCCUAGAGCUAUUCUGUCACUUAAAGUGUUGGCCGAACUGCCGAUUAUUGUGGUAUUGAUGUAUCAGUUAUACAAAAACAAUGUCCAUCAGGACGUGUCUGAAUUCAUACCAUUGAUUAUGAUUACGAUUACACUUCAACCCACACAAGCGCACCGAUCAAAUCCGGCCUUUAAUAAAGAAGUUUACGUCGACUUCAUGGCCGCACAGAUCAAAACGCUGUCAUUCCUGGCAUACAUUGUCCGCAUUUAUCAGGAUAUCGUGAAAUCGCAUUCAAAUCAACUCGCCAGAGGAAUGUUAGGUCUCCUGACAUACUGUCCCCAAGAAGUGGCGCAUCUGAGGAAAGAGCUAUUGAUAGCCGCCCGACAUAUAUUGGCCACUGAUCUCAGAAUAAACUUUGUCAGCUCUAUUGAGCAGCUGUUUGAGGAGAAUAUUCUGAUCGGAAACGGGUGGACAGCCUAUGACUCGUUGAGACCACUGGCGUACAGCACUGUCGCCGAUUUGGUGCAUCACAUCCGAAACCACUUACCACUGAAAGACUUGGCGUCAGCCGUGAAUGUGUUCUCUAAGAACGUUCACGACGAGUCCCUCCCCACCUCUAUUCAGACCAUGUCUUGCAAACUAUUGCUUAAUUUAGUGGAAUGUAUUCGUCAGAAGUCGGAACAGGAUCUCAGUGUCAACGCCCGCGAACUCCUCAUGAGAAUGCUUGAGGUGUUUGUCAUCAAAUUCAAGAACAUAUCGACGCUUCAGUUGCCGGCUCUCAUCAAUAAGGCGAAGCCGAGUCCCACCCCAACCACUGCCGCCGUUACACAACCGGCCACUCCUGCCGUCGUCGACGCCAUUAAGUUUGAAGACGUGAAGUUCGCCGUAAGCUUUCCGUCGGGUAUUGGCGAAGCCAUGGCUAAGGACGACAAACCCAAGUUUGGAUUCCCCGCCUCUCCGGCCAUCAACUAUUCAGUGGCCGACUGUCGCAGUUUAGUCAAGACAUUGGUUUGUGGUGUGAAGACCAUCACGUGGGGUAUCCCUUCGUUCAAACUCCCCAACGAACCCAUACAACCGACCAAUCAAAACAUCAAACAAUUUCAUCCCAAAGAGACCAUUGUUUUCAUUCGGUUAGUCAAGUAUGCGAUGCAAGCGCUCGACAUAUAUUCCCUGACCGGCGCCACCACUCCCAGCGCUGUGCCCGCCGUUGGCAUCAAUCAGCCGGCGCUCAGACCGCCAGUCAUGCAAACGGUUCGCUCAAAAGAGGAGAAGGAAGUGUUGGAACACUUCGCCGGUGUCUUCACGACUAUGAAUCCGCAGACAUUCAAUGAGGUCUUCUCAACGACUAUCGACUUCGUUGUCGACAGAAUUAACUCGAAUUAUGCGCUACAGAUAGUGGCCAACAGUUUUCUCGCCAACCCUCAGACGUCACCGAUUUUUGCCACAAUUCUUGUCGAGUACUUACUCGAGAGGAUGGAGGAAAUGGGAUCUAAUGUGGAAAAAUCCAAUCUAUACCUCAAACUCUUUAAACUAGUGUUCGGUUCCGUCUCACUGUUUGCCGCAGAGAACGAACAGAUGCUUAAACCACAUCUUCACUCCAUUGUGAACCGAUCCAUGGAGUUGGCCCUCACCGCCAAAGAGCCCUACAAUUACUUCUUAUUAUUAAGAGCUCUGUUCCGAUCAAUCGGUGGUGGAAGUCAUGACCUGCUCUAUCAAGAGUUUCUGCCACUCCUUCCGAGCCUUCUUCAGGGUCUCAAUAGUCUUCAAAGCGGUUUACAUAAGCAACACAUGAAAGACCUGUUCGUUGAGCUCUGCCUUACAGUUCCCGUACGACUCAGUAGUCUAUUGCCAUACCUUCCUAUGCUUAUGGAUCCAUUAGUAUCAGCACUGAAUGGAUCGCAAACUCUUGUGAGUCAAGGACUGCGAACGCUUGAGCUCUGUGUCGACAAUCUUCAGCCAGACUUUCUGUACGAACACAUCCAACCCGUUAGGGCAGAGCUGAUGCAAGCGCUGUGGAGAACACUACGAAAUCCAGCCGACAAUAUAUCUCAGGUGUCGUUCCGAGUGUUGGGAAAGUUUGGCGGCGGGAACAGGAAGAUGAUGACUGAACCCCAGAAGUUGGAGUUCAAUGAGAACAGAGAGGGAUUCAAUACAAACGGCUCCACAAUUGUGGUCCACUUUCAAGAGCACAGAACUGCCAUUAAUUUGCCGAUCGAUAGAGUGAUCGAAACAGCGUUCAAUGCACUCAAGUCGUCGAGUACUGACCCGUUCUAUAGGAAGCAGUGCUGGGAAGUGAUUAAAGGCUUUCUCGCCGCACAUAUACAACAACAGGCGGAAGAGGAGAAGUAUCGGAUCCAACACUUCUUCAAUCACCAAAGUUUCACCACAACUGAGAUCAACCCAAUUCAGGGCCCGUUCUAUAAGUGUUCGGACAGUGAGCUGCGGAAAGUGCACGAAAUGGCGCUGACGGGGAUGUUUGUGGCCGUCGCCAUCAAAGAGUUGCGUUCAGUGGUCCUACCGUUUAUGGUGUCUAUCGUCCGGCACUACACUCUGGUGGCCAUUAGUCAACAGUGCGGACCAAUCAAUUUGGGGGGCCGUCAGCACAAACUGCAAGGCAUGGAUCCCUUGGUAUUCAUCGAUGCGGUGGCGGCCAUAAUGGGUCACGAAGAGAAAGAGCUGUGCAAACCGGGCCACUGGGCGCUCAUAUUCAUUCUGGACACUGCCAUCGCUGUGUUGGGCAGUAAGGAGAGGGCGUGUCAACUGCCGCUCUAUGAAUAUCUGGUGGAGCGCAUGUGUUCGUUAUGCUACGACAGGGCCUGGUAUGCCAAACUCGGCGGUUGUAUUGCCAUUAAGUUCCUGUUUGAGAGAAUGACUCUGAAGUGGGUCUUCGGACACCAAUACGUGUUACUGAAGGCACUGCUGUUUGUGAUGAUGGAUCUGACGGGAGAGGUGUCGUCGGGUGCGGUUGAUAUGGCGAAAGCGAAUCUCGAGAAAAUGCUGACAUAUUGCGGAACUCCUAUAGUGGCCGACGGCACCAACAGUGACUUAAUCGAUGCCCAACGCAAGUCUCUGCAUGAGGUGACCCAAGAGCUGGUCCGUCAGGUGACGUCACCGAACACUUGCGUCAGAGAACAGGCCAUACAUUCGCUGGAAGUGUUGGCCAAAGUGAGCGAGAAGAGUGUGACACAGAUAAUGGAGCCGCACAGAGACAUAUUGGCGGACAUGAUUCCACCCAAAAAGCAUUUACUCCGUCACCAACCCGUCAACGCACAGAUCGGGCUCAUGGAUGGCAACACAUUCUGCACGACAUUAGAGCCCAGACUCUUCACGAUCGACAUCACUAUCAACGAACACAAGGUCUUCUUCAGCGAACUCUACUCCCUGUGCGACGCCGAGGACUCGACACUCAUUAAGUUUCCGUGUUAUAAGAAUGUGACAAAUCUGGUGCCACUGCGGAAGUCGGCGCUCCGGGCGCUGUCCGCCUGUCAUUACAUCCAACAGUGCAAAGACAAGAUAUUUGUCGUACUCAUGAAGGCAUUGAACGCCAAAGACAUGGAUUUGCAGCAAACGGGCUAUGAAUGCAUGAAAAAGUUCAUUAGUCACGUGCACAUCGAGAAGGAUGUGCUCACAUCCAACCUGAGGCCACAUCUGAUCACUUUGGGUGACUUCCGGUCACUUAAUCUCAAUGUUAUCCAAAAGAUAUCAUUUAUGACACAAUUAUUUCCCGAUAUAUUCAAUGAAAAACUAUGCGAACAAAUGAUCGCACAUUUGAGACAAUGGGCGGACACAGCCAUCCGUUCCCAACGAACCGGUCAGAAGAAUACGGAAGAGCUGAAGAUUUGCGCCGCGAUUAUCAAUCUGUUCCACGAGAUAAUGGCCGCCAGCGCUAAGUUUGUCGAACACCUGUUGAUACUGGUGUUCAAGACUGAGAAGCAGAUUAUGAUCGAACCGGGGAGUAAACUCCGGGAACCGCUCAGAAAGUUCUUAAAGCGAUAUCCGGAACAGACCAUUGAAUUACUGUUUAUCGAACGCAAUAUGUUUGAGGACCAGAUCUUCAGAUUCGUUAAGUUUCUACUAAAAGGCAGUGGCGGACAGACUUUCCGACAGAUUGUGGGCUUAAAGCCAUUUAAACUCGUGAAGAUGGCCAAAGCGCCGGUCGUUAUUCAGGAAAGAGUUCCCGUUACGGCUCCCUCUCCUCAACCAUCGCCACAGCCCUCGCCCUCACCUCAGGGCGCACCAGAGGGCGCGGCCACCCCUCCCGUCGCUGUCUCGCCUCUACCGCAACAGACGAAGACAGUGCCCGUCACUUAUGACCUCCAAUUCCAGGCCAUUUCCAUCACCACUAUUCUCGUCAAAUAUGACGAGCAAUGGAUCGCAUUGCCCGCGCAGAAGGAACUCGUGGACACUCUUAAGCAGGUCUGGAGUUCGGACGCCUUUCACAGCAAAUACGUGAACAACGAAUGCAAUGAUUAUAUCCAUUGGAAAGAACCCAAACUGUUGGCCAAAUGUUUGCUCAAUUACUUCAGACAACAUCCCUCUGACAUCGAGCUCCUGUUCCAACUGUUGCGCGCAUUUAUGGGCAGAUAUUUGUGUGAAUUUGAUUUCUUGAGGGACUUCCUCGAGAACACAGUCGCCAGUAAUUACACGAUUGAGUGGAAACGGCAGGCCUUCUUCAAGUUCGUUGAAGUGUUUCACAACAUGUCAUACCCUCAGGAACUGAAGGCCAAAAUACUGCAGUACGUGAUCGUCCCGGCCUUCAGUAUAUCGUUCGAGAGGGGAGAGGGAGAGAAACUGAUUGGCGGACCGCCGGCGCCCGAACACGACAACAAAGACAACCUCAUCAGCGUAUUCAUCACACAAGUGAUCGAUCCGGAGAACCCGUUCGGGAUGUCCGACUCGGUGCGCAUACUAUUGCUGCAGUUCUCGUGCCUAUUAGUAGAACAGGCGUCCCCUCACAUCCACGACGCCGCCAACAAACGACAGGGAAAUAAGUUGCGACGACUCAUGACGUUCGCGUGGCCGUGCCUUUUGGCCAAGAACUGUGUAGACCCGGCCACCAAAUAUCACGGGCACCUACUGCUCGCCCACAUUAUCGCCAAAUUUGCGAUCCAUAAGCGCAUUGUUCUGCAGGUGUUUCACAGUCUCCUCAAAGCGUUUGCAGUGGAGGCGCGGACUGUCGUACGCCAGGCGCUGGAGAUUCUGACGCCGGCUAUGCCUCAGCGCAUGGAAGACGGGAACACUAUGUUAACCCAUUGGACCAAAAAGAUUAUCGUCGAAGAGGGACACACUUUGGCCCAAUUGGUCCAUAUGUUGCAACUCCUCGUCCGCCACUACAAAGUCUAUUAUCCCGUUCGCCAUCAUCUCAUCCAACAUAUGGUCACUUCUGUGCAACGCUUGGGAUUCACUCCGAACGCGACGAUUGAACACAAGAAAAUUGCUGUCGAUUUGGUGGAAGUGAUCAUCAGAUGGGAGUUCACGAGAAUACGUGACGAACAGGAACACAUCGCCAGUCCAUUGCCGAUGGUUGUGGACAGCCCUACCACUAUUGCGCAGAGGACUGCCCGUCCCAGCGCUUUGCCAUCAGUCCCCGGUAUUAGACCAAUGCCUGCGGACAGUAAUAAACCCAUAGAUAAGAUGCAUUCGGACGCUGUGGUGAACUUUCUGUUACGACUGGCCUGUCAUGUCAACGAAACCACGACGGCCGUCGGCUCUAACGGCGAACUCCUGUCCCGGCGUUGUGUCAGUCUCUUGAAGAAUGCGCUCAAACCUGAGGUGUGGCCCAACUCUGACCUCCGACUCCAAUGGUUUGACAAACUGUUGGCGACAGUAGAACAACAACAGCCAAACUAUGGCAACAUCUGUACUGCACUGGAACUGCUCUGCUUUUUGUUGACAAUCCUUCGUAAGGAAGCCGUUCUCAACAGUUUUAAGCCCUUACAGAAGGGCAUCGCCUCAUGCAUGACAUGCAAUAACUCGAAAGUGAUUCGUUCGGUGCAUAACCUACUGUCCCGUCUGAUGAAUAUGUUUCCCCCGGAACCGACCACAUCGACGGUCGCCUCCAGACAUGACGAACUCGACGCUCUCUAUCAGGCGGUCAACAAAAUAAUACACGAAGGGCUCAACGCCUACGAAAAGAACACGACGGCCUCCCCGUCCUCUCUGUUCAGCACUUUAAUGAUCUUAAAGGCCGCCUGUCUUAACAAUCCCUGUUAUAUCGAUCGACUGAUUACGCCAUUCAUGAGAGUGCUGCAGAAGAUGGCCCGCGACCACCUCCAACCCCCCACACCCGCUGAGCUCAACACUCCAAUGGGUACUGAACUCCUUAUAUUGAGUCUCGAUUUGGUUAAGAAUCGCAUCGGAGUUAUGGGUCAAGAGAUGAGAAAAGCAUUCAUUCAGACAAUACUCGUCGGACUCAUCGAGAAGUCGACCGAUUCUAAAGUGAUGAAAGCGAUCACCAAAAUGGUCGAGGAUUGGGUCAAAAACAAGGGUCCGUACGGUGCGAAUCAGGCGCCGAUACUGCGUGAAAAGGCACUACUGUUGGUGCGAAUGAUGCAACACAUAGAGAAGCGCUUCCCCGACGACCUCGAACUGAACGCUCUGUUCCUCGAACUCAUAAUCUAUGUCUACAGAGAGGAGCCGCUGAAGAACAGCGAUCUGACGCCCAAAUUGGAGCCGGCAUUCAUGGCAGGCCUUCGUUGCAUUCAACCCCAUAUUAGGGCCAAAUUCUUCGAAGUAUACGACGCGUCGAUGAGGAGACGACUCCACGAGCGACUCAUGUAUAUCGUGUGCUCUCAGAACUGGGAGACAAUCGGACAACACUUUUGGAUCAAACAGUGCAUUGAGUUACUGAUGAUCACAGCCGUCAACAAUGUGCCCAUACAGUCGGCCAACCCGUCGGCGAUGUUGCCGUCAGUGAUGUCUGUCAUAAGUUUGGGCGACUCUCUAGAGAAGGCGUCGUUUGCAAACCUAUCGCAAGAGCCCAUCGAAAUGGAUGUCUCGCCGCCCGACAAAGACGACGAGGAUAUGGUUGACAUCGAACUGAAUGCCAGUGAAGAGGCGCGCGGGGCUGUCAUCGGUCUCAACGACCCGCUGACCACCAGUGUGUUGGCCGCCGGUGGGGUUCGCCGUCCGUCCACUCCCUUAGACCCGAAACAACACUUGCAGUCGAUUCUGUUGAGACAAACAAAGUUUUUGGACGGUUUGCAGGAGAGCCGUGUGAUCACAUUCCUCACUUCUAUGUCCCAACUCUGCCAUAUGGACACAUCGCUCGCACAACACAUUUGGAUCCAAUUGUUUCCGCGAAUCUAUAAGAUUCUCAGCGAUAGGCAACAGAAUUUACUAUCACUGGAGAUCGUGCCGUUCCUCUGCUCUGGCAGUCACGUGGUUCAGAAGGAUCACCACCCGAGCGCUGUGGGCACCUUCAUGGAGGCGGUGGCCCUGUGCUCGCCCGCCAUCACAAUCAGGCCCUGUUUGUUGCGAUAUUUAGGCAAAUCUCAUAACCUGUGGCAUAGGGCGGCCCUAUUGCUGGAGAACGCCUUCGAGAGGGUCCACGCACUGAACCCACCGCCCAAUCAGCCGAAGACAACGCGCUCCACGUCCGGCACAGACUACGACUUCGAGUCGGUCUCAUUCCCGGCGUUGUCUCAAUCGCAGGAGGCGUUGGACGCGUUGGCAGACAUUUACGAACUGCUCAAAGAGGAGGACCUGUGGGCCGGACUCUGGCAGAAGCGGGCGAAGUAUAACGAGACUCACAUCAGUAUAUCCUUUGAACAGCAGGGAUACUUCGAACAGAGUCAGGGCGCAUAUGAACUGGCUAUGAGUAAAGCCCGCAACGACUACAACACCAGUGCCUCUCCCGUCUCACUCCAGGGAGAGUACAGACUAUGGGAACGACACUGGAUUCGGUGCUCCAAAGAACUCAAUCAAUGGGAUCUACUGUUAGAUUACGGCAACUCCAAGAGCUGUGGCAACCCGUUCCUAGUGUUGGAGAGCGCCUGGAGAGUCCCCAACUGGUCACUCAUGAAGGACUCGCUAUUCCAAGUGGAGGCCAACUGUCCCAAAGAGAUGGCGUGGAAAGUGGCGCUCUAUAAGGGCUAUAAUGCCAUUUGCAAUGCCGAUGAACACAACUUAGCAAUGGUUGACAAAAUGGUUGAGUUGUCGACCAAUCUGUGUAUCAAAGAGUGGCGCCGUUUGCCGCACGUUGUCUCUCAGGUGCAUAUCGUGCUCUUACAGGCGGCCCAACAGAUAAUGGAGCUCCAGGAGGCCGGACAGAUACACCAGGGGCUGCUGCCCACUAAUUUGGGCCGCAGUUCCAGCCUUCACGACAUGAAAGCCAUUGUGAAGACGUGGCGCAACAGACUCCCAGUACUCGCCGACGACCUCAGCCACUGGUCAGACAUCUUCACGUGGAGACAACACCACUAUCAGGCAAUUGUCUCGCACUAUGACUCAAACAACUCCAUUGCCAAUGCGGCCAACGCUACCAAUCAGGCCGUCCAGAACGCCCUGAAUGCCGGCCCCCAGACAGACCCGCAGGCGUCGCACGCAAUGCUCGGAGUGCACGCCUCCGCCCAGUCUAUCAUCCAUUACGGAAAGAUCGCCCGAAAGCAUAAUCUCGUCAGCGUUUGUCUCGACUCACUCAACAGAAUACAUACCAUUCCGUCCGUUCCUAUCGUCGACUGCUUCCAGAAGAUCCGCCAACAAGUCAAGUGUUACCUCCAGUUGGCGAACACAAUGGGCAAGAAUGAGCUCCAGGAGGGGCUCGAAGUGAUUGAGUCGACAAACUUGAAGUACUUCUCCAAAGAAAUGACGGCCGAGUUCUAUGCACUGAAAGGUAUGUUUUUGGCGCAAAUCGGCCGCUCGGAUGAGGCCAACAAAGCGUUCAGCGCCGCCGCACAACUGCACGACACUCUCGUCAAGGCGUGGGCUCUUUGGGGCGAUUACUUGGACUCUAUGUUCACACGCGACCGAUGGGAGAGCCGGCAAAUGGAGUUGGGAGUGUCGGCGCUCACCUGCUAUCUGCACGCCUGUCGCCACCAGAAUGAGAGCAAAGCGCGCAAGUAUUUGGCGAAAGUCUUGUGGCUCUUGUGCUACGACGACGACAAGUUCUCGUUAGCCGAAGCCGUCGAGAAGUACAACGUAGGCGUUCCCCCCAACAGUUGGCUCCCGUGGAUCCCGCAGUUGAUGACAUGUCUGGUCAGGAAUGAGGGCAAACUCAUUAUGAAUAUCGUGUCACAUGUGGGCCGAGUCUUCCCACAAGCCGUUUACUUCCCCAUCAGAACACUGUAUUUGACACUAAAGAUGGAACAGAGAGAGAAAAUCAAGACAAUGGCUCUCAUGAGCGCCGCCCACAACGCUGGCCCACAGACCCCACAACCGCCUCAAACACCGGCCAAACUACCCGUUUCCACGUCUUCACAACCGGACAAUCAGAGCACACCCACUGAAGCCCAACAACUGCCACAAACACCCGUUCCUCCACAGACGCCACAACAACAAUCACUCCCCGACACUCAAUACAGAGCCACUCAACCGAUGUGGAGGUGCUCUCGCAUAAUGCAUAUGCAACGGGAACUGCACCCCACCAUACUGUCCUCACUGGAAGGCAUAGUCGACCAAAUGGUGUGGUUUCGUGAGAACUGGUACGAGGAGGUGUUACGACAGUUGCGUCAGGCGUUGGCCAAGUGUUAUGCCGUGGCCUUCGAGAACAGGGCUAACGUGGCCGAGGCUUCAGUCACUCCAAACACAUUGAAUUUUGUCAAAAAACUGGUCUCCACUUUCGGCAUUGGAAUCGAGAACGUGUCGAGCAGUCAGUCGGCGCCCAACUUCGCGACGGCCGCCUCCGAGUCGCUCGUGAAGAGGGCUCAGGCGACCGCUCAGGACCCGGUCUUCCAGAAAAUGAAGGGUCAGUUCACCACUGAUUUCGACUUUAGCGCUCCCGGAGCUAUGAAACUGCAUAAUCUGAUCACAAAACUCAAGAAAUGGAUUAAAAUACUGGAGGCGAAGACCAAACUGUUGCCAAAAUCACUGCUCAUCGAAGAGAAGUGCAAAAUAUUGAGUAAUUUCUCGCAACAGACGGCAGACGUGGAACUCCCCGGAGAGUUCCUGUUACCCAAGCAAAGCAAUUAUUACGUGAGAAUCGCCCGCUUUAUGCCCAGAGUCGAGAUCGUCUCCAAACACAACACCGCCGCCCGACGGCUCUACAUACGCGGCCACAACGGCAAGAUCUACCCCUACCUCGUGGUGAACGACUCGUGUCUGAGCGACGCCCGACGAGAGGAACGGGUGCUUCAAUUGCAACGACUACUGAACCACUAUUUGGGUAAACAGAAAGAGACGGCCAAACGGUUCCUGCACUUCACUGUCCCGCGAGUGGUGGCCGUCAGCCCUCAGAUGCGUUUAGUGGAGGACAACAUCAGCUCUAUAUCGCUGUUAGAUAUAUACAAACAGAGGAACGCCCGCAGAGGCACCGAACACGACGCCCCCAUAGCCAAGUACUACGACCGGUUGGCCAACGUUCAGUCCCGGGGCUCACAGGCCAGUCAUCAGGUGUUGCGCGACAUUCUCAAAGACAUUCAGACGACUAUGAUUCCCAUCGGACUCAUCAAGGAGUGGGCCAUUCAGACGUUCCCCUCCGCCACCGAUUUGUGGACUUUUAGGAAACAGUUUACACUUCAGUUAUCUUUGGCCGCAUUCGCUGAAUAUGUGCUGCAUUUGACUCGACUUAACCCUGAGAUGAUGUACAUUCAUCAGGACAGUGGGCUCAUGAAUGUCGCCUAUUAUCGCUUUGACAUCGACGACAGCACAGGCGAAUUGGACGGCAAUAGACCCGUCCCUUUCAGACUCACUCAUAACAUAUCGGAAUUGAUGUCAUGGAUGGGAAUGUCGGGUCCGCUCACGUCAUCAAUGAUAGCAUCGGCGCGAUGUCUGUCGACCCCUAACUUCAAAGUGCAGUCCAUUUUGAGGGCCGUAUUGAGAGACGAGCUCAUGAUGUGGCACAAGAAGACACAGGAAGACGUGUCGAACACCAGUCCCUCGGGAGAGAUGACAGUCGACGGCGAGACUCUCAUAAAUGUGGUCAACAAAGCUGUCGCCGCUAUUAUGGCUCGACUUCAGAGUUUAGCAGUAUUUGAGGGAACGGACAGCAAAGUGGCGACUCUUGUGGCGGCCGCCAACUCGCAUGACAACCUCUGCCGUAUGGACCCCGCGUGGCACCCGUGGCUGUAGGCCUUCCCUUCCCGUCCCAUUCUGUCUAUAUUUCUCAUUAUUUUAUAAUUUAAGUUAAUUUUAAACAAUUAAAAAUCAUUUUUGUAUACAUUUAGAAUGUAUUUACUAUUUAUAUAUAUAUUGCAAACUUAUGGCUUAUAUUCAAAGUUUUGUUACAAACGAUGAUAUCUUUCAAUAAAAAGCAUUUCAUUUAACAA